UGGCCGCAGGAGCCAGAGCGCUGCAGACUUGCUUUGGUUCCUCCACAUUGAUAACACCGCUUUCUCGUGCGCUCUCGGUGAUGUGGCGGAGCAGCUCGUCAGGGGACGUUUAACCCGGAGAGUGUGCGCGUUUACGCAGAGGUUUGAUUUACUGCGUGUGUUGCUUUGCUGUUGUUGCUCGGCAGGGCAGCUGCGGGUUCAGCCGGAGCUGGAGCUGCUGAUUUCUUCUUUCUUGGCUUCUUGGUUGAUUCGCAGCGAACAAGGAGGAGAGAUCCGGAGCUGCUGGAGAGACUGACGGCACAAGGACUGCGCUUCUCUUCUCUUUCUCUUUAUAUUGUGGAACAUUCAUCCUCUGGUUUUUCUUUUUUUUUUUUAUCCACUGCGUACCUUGUCUUCUCUUCUCUGUGGGAAAUUCAAGACGAGUUGGAGAAACUGUUCGCUGCGCUGCGCGGAGUUGAGUCGGAGGAAGAUUGUUCAGGCAGAAAUAUUGUGGAUUUCCAGCGUCUCUUUACGACUUUAAGUAGAACUGGUUUUCAUUAAAGUGAAGGGAGAGUGAGUGUUUGGUGCAAAGUAAUUGAUCGGACUGUCAAAACGCAGACUGAACGAGAAACAGCUGUUUUACAACAACAGAUAAAUAUUGCUUUAGAUGUGUUGUAAACACGGAGGACACAUCGAGGCUGCAUCUGUGAGGGAAUAAAAAGCGCAAAGUGGACUCUCCUCACAACAUCUCACCACCAGAAUCCUUAAAACCUGAACCAGAGGAGGGACUGUAAUCCAUUUAUCUUCACCGGAGUUCCAGAGCAAAUAUGCCGCAGGUGGAAAUGAUCCUCUUCCUCAUCCUCAUCAUUGUGAUGUGUGUGUACGGCCAGGACCCGGCUUCUAAGGUGGUGUCCGACCGCUACGCCGUCUACUGGAACCGGACCAACCCCAAGUUUUACCGGGGUGAUUACCACAUCGACGUCUGCAUCAACGACUACCUUGACGUCUACUGUCCACACUACAUAGGCCCGGUUUCAGACGAGCGGGCCGAACGCUACGUCCUCUACAUGGUGAACUACGACGGCUACAGCUCCUGCGACCACACUGCGAAGGGCUUCAAACGCUGGGAGUGCAACAGGCCUCUGUCGCCGAACGGACCGCUGAAGUUCUCGGAGAAGUUCCAGCUCUUUACUCCAUUCUCUUUAGGCUUCGAGUUUCGCCCUGGAAGAGAGUAUUACUAUAUCUCCUCCAUCACUGACGACAAGGGAAGAAGGAGCUGCCUUCGACUCAAAGUCUUCGUCAGGCCUCAAAACAAUUGUGUGAAAAACUCUGGGACCGUGCAGGAAGGGGUCGAUUUUGAGGACAACAGUCACAACUCUCUAGAACCCAGAGACGGCAUCGGUCAUGAGUCGCCAGAGCCGGCUCGAAGGGAUGUUAACUCCGCCGGUCGACGCCAGACUUCAGUCGCCCUGCUCAGCUCUGCCCUCAUACUCCUGGCUGCCAUCUUGUCUUUAUAGCGCCCAGUCUGAGGAUUCCCCCUAGGAAUGGACUGCCCUGAUUGGACCACAGGCCGCCCUACCCUGCAACCCCUCCCCUCAAGGAGCACUUUUUAAAAAAGAAAAAGAAAAUACUGACAAUCUCUCUUGGUGAAAAGAGAGAGGACGGGACUUCAACACUGAAGCCUUUGUUGUUUUUUGAAUUGCCAACCUGAGUGAUUCUUGACUUUCUAGUGGGUGCCGAUUGUCGCGGCACCCCGAGAUGAAAGAGUCUCUUACCUGUUUGCCUCGCUACCGUUCACAGUAUGCAGAUAUUAAACAUUUAUUUGUGUUAAAGACAUGCACACAUACAUGCUUUCAAACAUACACACACACACACACACACACACACACACACACACACACACACACACACACACACACAGAACACAAACUACACAAUCAGUACGCUCGUCGGCUUGAAUGGCAAAGAAGCACAGCAGGAUCUCUCAAAAGUUUACAGACUUUUAACAUUUUUUUUGUGUUCAGGAAAACAUCACAUAACCCCCGACAUAUAACAUGAUUUAAUCUCACGUCAAAGUGGAAGAGGUUUCCGAGAAGAUCCGGGAGCGACGCAUCGCUUAUAGGCCAACAGAGAGGAAAACGAGAAGGAUGUUGUUGCUAGGAGACGGUUGCCGAUGGCGUGGGGGUACGGGGCGGGCCUUUGAUGACUUAACCUUCCUCUCAGGUUAAAAAGGAGUCGGAUGCAUCGUCUCAGACUGUGGAGGAGAGUUUUAAAAAAAGAAACGUUAAAGAAGCACUCAUCUUUUAGUGUUUGGAUAGGGACGGUUUAAUAAUUAAUGUUUGUUUUUUAAUAAGUCACCUAAUUCAAUUGUAGCAGCCAACACGGGUGUACAGUAAAAUAUUUGAACGGAGCGUAGAAGUGGAUUUUGGUAUUUUGCCAGGCAAAAUGUAUUUUCCUAUUUAUUGUGAAGUCCUCGUGCUUUUUUCUGUUCCGGUUUAGGCUGUAAGUACAGUAGAAAGGCAAUAAAACAAACACUUACCCAUUAAGUUAGUUCAUACUACAGUUUUUUUUGAUACAAUCAUACAGAAACACCGAGUACAGUUUAUGUAUUUGUUUGGAUUGAUUGCUGAUGGUCUUUUAAUUGUUUUUAACAAAGUCCGGGAAGAAAAAAAAAAAAAAGUCUGAUGUGCUAUCAGGGUGUAGAAGUCGUAGAAUAUUUGUGUUUGUCAUUAAAAAAAAAGUCACAAAUGUA